UCGGCUUCGGCGCAGAGCUCAAGCGGCCGCCCCUGCCGCCAAAUCGGCCGCGACCACCAGCCGGCUGCCCGGGCCCUCCCCGCGGUCGGAUGGGCUCGGCGGAGCGCCCGUGGCUCCCGCAGGCAAGCGGCGCGGCUCUUCCCCGGCCCACACCGGCCCCGUUUUCAGCGCCCUCCCCGCCCGUCCCGCGGCGGCAGACAGCGAGCUUCUCCCCGGGGCGGCAACCGGCUCUGCCCGAAGGAGCGCCAGGCGGCCGAUGCCCCUCCGAGCCCCCGCGGGAGCCGCUCCCGGCGGCCCCGCGGCAGAGGCGGAGGAGCAGAGCGGGGCCCUGCACGCGGCGCUCCGGGGCCUGGAUGGGCUGCCGGGGGCCCCUCCUGCGCUCCAGCGAGGUUCCGCCCGGCGUGGCCGAGCGCUUCAUCCUGAGCGGCUACCGCUGCCCCGGCUCCUCGGCUGCCCAGUGCCUCCUCUCCGCCUUCCGGCCCACCAACGAGACGGGCAACUUCUGGACCCACUUCGUGGCCCUCUUGGUCUUCGCCUUCUGCUUCCUGGAGCCCUUCCGGGCCCCCGGAGGACCCCUCCCCCCGGGGCCCCUGGAGCCUUUCUACUACCCGCUCUGGAGCUACUGCCUGGGCGUCUGCGGCCUCCUGGCGGCCAGCAGCAUGGCGCACCUCUUCAACGCCAUGUCGCUGCCCGUCCGGGAGAUCUGCUUCUACAUCGACUACGGUACCAUCAGCGCCUACACGGUGGGCGCCUCCUUGGCCUACUUCUACUACGUCAGUCCACCCGCAGCACCGGAGCCCGCCAAUCCCUCCUCGGGCUACCCAGAGGGUGCCAGCCAGCUGUGCGCCGUGGCCGGCCAUGCGGGCACCUGGUUUGAGACCCUGUAUGUGCCCGCUUCUUGCCUGGUGGCCCUCUUCUGCACCCUGGCCUGCUGCAGCACCCGCCGCCGGUGCCCCCGCCACCGGUACCUGCUCCGCACGCUCAUCUUCCUGCUGCCCUUCGUGGUGGUCUCCAUGCCAGUCUUCCAGAAGCUCUGGGGCCAGGGGGGCAGCCCGGGGACCGGCCACCUCUUCCUGCGCCACUGCCUCUGGCUGCUGGCCUCCGGGCUCUUCAACGUCAGCAAGGCCCCCGAGCGCUUCAGCCCCGGGAAGUUCGACAUCUGGGGCCACAGCCACCAGUGGUUCCACUGCUGCUCCUUCAUGAGCAUCCUGGAUGAGCUGCAUAUGAUCCGGGGGGAGAUGGAGCUGCUGGCGGAAGGGCCCCCCCUACUGUCCAGAGCCCCCACCUUCCUCUCCACCUUCGGGGUGAUGCUGCUGGCACUGGCGCUGCUUGCCACUAUUGUCGCCUGGUUCGGGGUUCGGGCACAUGGCAGCCACUACCGAGACCAGAGCAAAGCCCAGAAGGGGGACUGAGGAGGCAGACUCCCCGCCAGCUGCCAUCGGGGCUCCCGCCAUGUAAAACCUGAACCGAGAGGAGUUUCCUUUGGAACUCAAGCCCAUGAAAUGAAGAGAGGGGCAGAGUCCCCCCACUCCAAGAGGGGCAGAGCCAAGCAAGCAGGGCUGACCCAGGACUGCAGGAGGAGGAACAGGUGCGGCUUGCAAGAGGAAGGGCUGGGAGGACCAUUUGAGCCCGUCCCCCCUUUCCCUUCUCAGCUGGCAUGGCAGGGGAUCUCCCAAAAUAUAUGUGUGCAAACCGAGUGGCUCUCUUUCAUGCGCAGAAUGGGGACAUUGCUUAGGUUUUUUUCAGCGGGAGGGGGGAGUAAAAACUGCCGUGGAAACCUCAGCUGCCUUUUGCUUCUCCUGUGGCUUUUUCCAAAGGGCGGAUGCUCCAGGAUGGCCGUGGCU